UUCCUGCAAACUCCUUACCGCCACCCCCUCAAGCCCCCCCCUCAACGACGCGGGAGUGAGCGAGAGGAGGAGGAGGCGGCAGUUCUGCUCCUUCUCACGGCGGCCAACCUCCCCACCCCCCGUCCCCGCCACCUCCCCCACAGCGGCAGCCGCGGGAGGGGAGACGAAGGGGCGGGCGGCAAGGCUUGCGGUUGGCAGAGGGCGCGCGAGCGCUGGUGCGAUCGCCAGUGCGCUGGCGGUCGUCGCUGGCGGUCCGGCGCCACUCCCUUCCCCCCUUCCCUCUCCCACCAGAGCGUUCCGCCGCCACUCCCUUCCCCUCCUCCCUCUCCCCCCCACAGCUACCGCUACUGCACACACGAACAGUCGUGACGGGGGGGGUGACGGGCAGGGGGCGGGGGGUAUGUGA